AGUCCCGGGGAAGCCGGCUAAGUACCCGGAUGUGAUAGGCCAUGUGCACUUCCAUCUGGACAGUCUUCACCUCCAGUCGUGCUAUCACCUCGUCUUACUCGACGUGCCUCAUCUUUUCGCCGCUUCAAGCUCUUCACAACACAAACAUGUUUCGUCUACCCACUGUCAUGAAGCAGGUGAGGCCAGUGUGCAGGGGGCUGGCUCCUCACCUAACGCGCUCCUACGCCAAAGACGUCAAGUUUGGAGCUGAUGCCCGUGCCCUGAUGCUGCAGGGUGUUGACCUGCUGGCCGAUACCGUUGCUGUCACCAUGGGCCCAAAGGGCCGCACGGUCAUCAUCGAGCAGAGCUGGGGAAGCCCUAAGGUCACAAAGGACGGCGUGACGGUGGCCAAGAGCAUUGACCUGAAGGACAAGUACAAGAACAUUGGUGCCAAGCUGGUGCAGGAUGUGGCUAACAACACCAAUGAGGAGGCGGGUGAUGGCACCACCACUGCCACCGUGCUGGCCCGGGCCAUCGCCAAGGAGGGCUUCGACACCAUCAGCAAGGGCGCCAACCCCGUGGAGAUCCGCCGUGGCGUCAUGAUGGCUGUUGAGAAUGUCAUAAAUGAGCUGAAGCGGCUCUCCAAGCCCGUUACGACGCCCGAGGAGAUUGCUCAGGUCGCCACCAUCUCUGCUAAUGGCGACACAGAGAUCGGAAACAUCAUAUCAAACGCCAUGAAGAAAGUCGGCCGCAAAGGAGUCAUCACUGUCAAGGAUGGUAAGACUCUUCAUGAUGAGCUGGAGGUCAUUGAGGGUAUGAAGUUCGACCGUGGUUACAUCUCCCCAUACUUCAUCAACACUGCCAAGGGUCAGAAAUGUGAGUUCCAGGAUGCUUACCUGCUGCUGAGCGAGAAGAAGAUCUCCAGUGUGCAGAGCAUUGUUCCCGCCCUGGAGAUCGCCAACCAGCACCGCAAGCCUCUGGUCAUUGUGGCCGAGGACGUGGAUGGAGAGGCCCUCAGCACCUUGGUUCUCAACAGGCUUAAAGUGGGGCUGCAGGUGGUAGCUGUCAAAGCUCCAGGCUUUGGUGACAACAGGAAGAACCAGCUGAAGGAUAUGGCCAUCGCCACCGGGGGCACUGUGUUUGGAGAUGAGGCCCUUGGUCUGGCCCUGGAAGACAUCCAGGCUCACGACUUCGGCAAAGUGGGCGAGGUGCAGAUCACCAAAGAUGACACACUGCUGCUGAAGGGAGGCGGCAAGCCGGCUGACCUCGAGAGGCGGGCGGCCGAGAUUGUGGAGCAGUUGGAGAGCACCACCAGCGACUACGAAAAGGAGAAGCUCAACGAGCGUCUUGCCAAGCUUUCUGAUGGAGUGGCCGUGCUCAAGGUGGGAGGGACAAGCGACGUGGAGGUGAACGAGAAGAAGGACCGCGUGACAGACGCCCUGAACGCCACACGGGCCGCGGUGGAGGAAGGCAUCGUGCCAGGCGGCGGCUGUGCCCUGCUGCGCUGUAUCCCUUCCCUGGACAGCCUCAAAACCGCCAACACUGACCAGAAAAUUGGUGUGGACAUUAUCAGGCGGGCACUCCGCAUCCCUGCAAUGACCAUUGCCAAGAACGCCGGCGUGGAGGGCUCGCUGGUGGUGGAGAAGAUCUUGCAGGGCCUUCCUGAGGUGGGCUACGAUGCCAUGCAGGGCGAGUACGUCAACAUGGUGGAGAAGGGCAUCAUCGACCCUACCAAGGUGGUAAGGACUGCACUGCUGGACGCUGCGGGUGUGGCCUCCCUGCUCUCCACCGCUGAGGCUGUGGUCACAGAGAUCCCCAAGGAGGAGAAGGAGAUGCCUGGAGGCGGCAUGGGUGGUAUGGGUGGUAUGGGCGGCAUGGGUGGUGGCAUGGGUUUCUAAAAGCCCGCAUUCCUCCCUCCACAACUGUACAGACUGAAAGGACAGAGUGGUGCCUCCAAGACUCCUGCACCAAUUUCCACCAAACUCUGACCCCUUAAAACUCACUGACCAACCACCAGGAUGUCGGCAAUUCUUCCCCAGAGGAGCCAGCAUCAGCUUGCCAUGCAUCUGAGGAGAACUUCUCAGCACAAACAUGUCCAAGUUAGCCACAACAUUUUUUCCCUUGCAGGAACGUCAGGUGAACGUUUACAGGCACUGAGCCCUCUGUGGGUCGUUCCAACAAUUAAGACCACAUGACUUGCAAUCCUACAACUGCACAUCGGGGACUUAAUAUGGACGUAGUUAUGUAAGACAACCAUCAGCCAUUUUUCUGAAAUCACCUGAUGACUUCCUGUAGUGGAAAAACAUCUUGUGAAGCUCAUCUUUAAAAGACAUAACACUGAGGAAAAAAUCAUGAAGAGCGUGAAGUGAAGCUCUGAAUGUGUUGCUGUCAUUUGUCGUUACUUAAUUUUGUUUUUUUUAUAUAUGUAUCUAUCAUGUUUUUUUCCCCUGCUGAUGUGGGUGAAGGCUUAUUUGAUUUAAUUAAAAUAAUUUUUCAACUUAUUUUUGUUGUCUGUGGAUUGAAUGCAGAGUGCCUGCAGUGUAGAUCACCCGAGGCCUUUGUUAAAAACAUACACUCCUGAUCAAAAUCUUAAGAUCAGUUGAAAAAUUGCUAGAAUUUGCAUUUUGUACAUUUGGAUCUUCAAGGUUUUAGGUAGAGCUACAACAUGCAAAAACAAGGAGUGAGACAAAAAAAAUGUGGAGAUUGUAAUUAACCUAUUUCAGUUUUUUUUUUUUUUUUUUUUUAAUCAGCUGAUCAAAAGUUUAAGACCAAAAAAAUAACAAAAAACUCUCCAAACCAGAACCAAAAAUGUUCUCAGUAGGACUCAGUAAUGAGUAGCUCCACCGUUCAUGUUAAUCACUUAAAAAAUUGCUUUGGACAUGCUUGAUGCGAGUGUUUCCAGGAGGCUAGUGGGAACAUUGCUCCAAGUGGGGAAGAUGGCUUCACGAAGGGCAUCAACUGUCUGGAACUGAUGGACAUUUUUAUAAACUUCCCUUGCCAUCCAUCCCCAAAUGUUCUCUAUGGGAUUUAAAUGAGGGGAACAUGCAGGAUGGUCCAAAAGAGUGAUGCUAUUCUCCCUGAAGAAGUCCUUGGUCAAGCGAGCAUUGUGAACUGCAGCGUUGUCCUGUUGAAAAACCCAGCUGGUACCGCACAGACGAGGGCCCUCAGUCAUGAGGGAGCCCGCUGCAACAUCUGCCGCCGUUUCAUGACCCCGCACCACCUGAAGCUCUAGUGUUCCACUGAAUGAAAAAGCACCCCAGAUCAUGAUGGACCCCCCAUCCACUGUGCUGGGUAGAAAACAUCCCAGGUGGGAUCUCCUUGUCAUGCCAGUAAUGUUGGAAGCCAUCUGGACCUUCAAAGUUAUGUUUUUUCUCAUCAGAGAAUGAAACUUGUUUCCACCUUUCAAUGUCCCAUGUUUGAUGCUCCCUGGCAAAGUCUAAACGGGCAGUUUUGUGGCGUUGAAGGAGACGAGGUCUUUGAAUUCCUUUGUUUUUGUUCCCGCAGAUGCCAUGCAAUGGUUAUUGCGCUGCAGUCGGCACCAGUAAGGGCCUUAAUUUGGGUGGAAGACCGCCCUGUGUCUUGAUGGACAGCCAAUUGGAUCCUCCGGCUCAGCGCAGGUGUGAUUUAUUUUUUUGGUCUACCACUUGACUUUUUUGUUCCAUAAUGCUCAGGAUCUUUCAAAAAAUGUAGAAUGACUGCUUUACUGCACCCAACAUCUGCAGCAAUGACAUGCUGCGAUAGGCCUUGCUUAUGCAGCUUGACAAUCCGACUAUGUUCAAAAAGAGAAAGCGUCUUAGCUUUAGCCAUCAGGAGGGCAUGACAGUGUGAAUGCCUGACAGAAAAUGAACAUUUUGAGCAGAUUUGGUCUUUCAUAGCCUGUGGUCUUAAACUUUUGAUCAGCUGAUAAACAACCUAUUUCAGUUUUUGUUUUGUUUUAAUUAAAAGCUCCAAAUUUUUUUUUGUCUCACUCCCCCUUCUUGUUUUUGCAUAUUGUAGCUCUACUUAAAACCUCAUUAAGAUCCAAAUGUGCAAAAUGCAAAUUCUACCAAUUUUUCAACUGGUCUUAAGAUUUUGAUCAGGAGUGUAUGUAUGAUGUCCUCCACAUGUAACCUGCAUUUAACGAGUAGCUUUUUCUUUGCCAAUACAUUAUUCCCUCAAAACUAACAUAGCAGCGAUUGUUCAAUUUUUGUUUUGUACAAUGUAGACAUUGCUUAGUGGUGAUUUUUCAGUUAUU